AUGUCGACACCCCUGAUCCUGCUUCCCGGUGAUGAGGUGCCUAGCGACCGCCUGCCCUCCGACAAGUCCAAUCCCCUCAAAUUAGGCCCUGGCCUUCGUCUUUUGUCGCAACCCUCGUCCAAAUCCGCAACUCCAAGUCAUGUCCUUACUGCAACCCAGGCUGGUCUCGUUACAACGGAUGUCAAGCGCAAUACAGUCUCGCUUCUUUCAUUCUCUAAUCGCCGAUACAUCCCCACCGUGAACGACCUUGUCAUUGCUCAGAUACAUCAUUCCAGCGUCGACUAUUUCCACUGCAUUGUGACCCCGCACACUGCACAUGCCCUCCUGGGCCAACUGUCUUUCGAAGGCGCCACUAAGAAAACAAGGCCCAUGUUGAAACAGGGCGAGCUGGUCUAUGCGCGAGUCUUAUCGGUCGGACUUGGCGCCGGUGCAGAAGUUGAGCUUACAUGCGUCAACCCCGCGACCGGAAAGUCUGAGCCAGGUGGAUUGGGUCCUCUUGUGGGCGGAAUGGUGUUUGAUGUUUCCACGGCCAUGGCAGCUCGUUUGAUCCGGGCUAGCUCCUCUUCAGCUGACAAUGACGACGGCAUUGAUGGGCUUGUGGUCCUUUCUGAACUUGGAAAGAAGCUUGAGAGCCUCGGCGGAUUCGAGAUCGCUGUUGGUCGCAAUGGCAAAGUCUGGGUUGACUGCUCCAAUGCCGAGGACCAUGCUGUUAAGGCAACUAUUGCCGUUGGGCGGUGUUUACAAGUCACCGAUGAGAAUAACCUCAAUAUUACGGAUCAGAAGAAGCUGGUAACAAGAAUACUGCGUGAGAUGAAGCUGGCGUAG